AUGACGCCGACUGCGACGCCGUUUGACCCGUUUGCGUCGCAUGCGACGUUCAAGUACCCGGAGCCGAGCACGGUGAAGGCAGCCUACCCGCUGUCGAAAAAGUCCAAGGUGCCCGACUCGAUUGUGCGGCCCAACUAUGCGCGAGAAUCGGUGAGGGACACGCUGGCCUAUUGGUGGCAGUUCUUUGCGUCUAGAAAUAUCCGAGUCAACUCCGAGGCGGACCAGGAGGGCGUGCGAAAGGCCGCCAAGCUCGCGCGAGAGGUGCUGCAGAUUGCUGCGUCCAAGGUCGCACCGGGCGUGACCACCGACGAGAUUGACAAGGUCGUCUUUGAGGAGGCCAUCAAGCGCGACUGCUACCCGAGUCCGCUGGGGUACCAUGGCUACCCCAAGUCGGUCUGCACUUCGGUCAACGAAGUCAUCUGCCACGGGAUACCCGACCAGCGACCGCUGCAGGACGGCGACAUCAUCAACCUCGACGUCACCCUCUUUCACCACGGCUUCCACGGCGACCUCAAUGCCACGUACCCCGUGGGCCCAAAGGCACAGGAGGACGCCGACUCGAUGCUGCUCAUCAAGACGGCCCGCGAGUGCCUCGAUGCCGCCAUUGCCAUUUGCGGCCCAGGCCAGCCGUACGCCGAGAUCGGCCGCGUGAUCCAGCCGCUGGCCGAGUCAAAGGGCUGCGCAGUCGUCAAGCGCUACACGGGCCACGGCAUCUCGCGCGCCUUUCACAGUGCCCCGACGGUGUACCACCACCGCACCAAAAAGGCCUACGGCAUCAUGCAGGUCGGCCACAUCUUUACCAUCGAGCCUAUGCUCAACUGGGGCUCAGAGUGGCGCGAUCUCUCGUGGCCAGACGACUGGACCGUCUCGACCGUCGACGGCGCUCGCUCGGCGGCGGCAGAGGAGACGCUGCUCAUUGUAGAAAACGGCGUAGAGAUCCUGACGGCCGAGGGAGGCAGCCGCUUCAUCGACACCCGGGACGCGAGAAAUGCGCGUGAGGAAGUGAAGCGGAAGCGCAAGGCAGAGGCAGACGUCGAUGACAGUGACAAUGUACAAUAAUAGUUGUAGGACUCUUUGGUUAUGUAUGCGCGCACAUCCUGCUAAUCGAGUG